GCUCUUAACGUUACUCUUCACUUGGCUUGCUCACAACAAUCCAAUCUUCUAGAUCCUUCUUCCUUCCUUCUUCAACUCUCUCUCUCUCUCUUCUUCUUCUCUCUCUCUAUACAGUUAUGGUUACAUCUUCGUCGAACUCAACAAUCAAAUUCCUCUGUAGCUACGGCGGAAAGAUUCUACCUCGUUACCCCGACGGCAAGCUCCGUUACAACGGCGGUCACACUCGCGUCCUCGCCGUUCCUCGCUCCAUCUCAUUCUCCGAGCUAGCGUCGAAGAUGGCGGAGAUGUGCGGAUCUACAACCGUAACGAUCCGGUGUCAGCUCCCGACUGAAGAUCUCGACGCGCUCGUUUCGAUUACUUCCGACGAAGAUCUAGCGAAUCUAAUCGAAGAGUACGAUCUCGUUUCCUCAUCUUCUCCGAUGAAAAUCAGAGUCUUUUUAAAUCCACCUAAAUCCGCCGCCGGAUCUAAAAAAUCAUCAACGAUCGCUCCUCCUUCGUUAGCGUUACCUUCAUUUUCAACCACCACUACGACGUCAUCAUCUUCUACUACUUCAUCUUCUUCAUCAAGUCCUAGAUCUCCGUCGCUGUGUAAACCACCGCUUCCUCCGUCGCCACCGAGGAUGACGACGACAGUGAAGAAUCCAUGCUACGGUUGUUAUGUACAUCGUAAUUCGAGAAAUAUCUACCUUGUUCACAACGGCAACCACUGGCAAUAACAUCACCGGAAAAAAAAAGAUGUGAAGGAAUCAUCGGAAUAUACAAUUAAAAAAAAAAGUUGGAAAUAUAUCUUCUUCGUUUUUUUAUAAAAUGAAAAUGUAAAAGAACGAGAGAGAUAUAAUAGAAGGGUGUGUGUACGUGUUCGUGAUCUGACCGUCGCCAUUAAUGAAAUCAAUCAUCCCAAAGCUUUUUUAGUUUUUGUUGGUGAUGAUGAUGAUGAUGAA